GUUUAGCUGUCUCUCAACGCGGCUUUUAGAGGGUAAUUUGGUCCGAAAUGGCAGACAGAGAUGGAGACCAGGGUGGCCAAAGACCCAAAAGCACAUUCCUGACUUAUGUGGCCGAGGGAGACCAGCUGUACCACAAAGGCGAGUAUGUGAAGGCCAUAGAGAGCUUCUCAACGGCGCUGAUUCUCCAGCCAGGUGACAAGAGCUGCCUCGUUGCUCGAUCCAAGUGUUAUCUGAAAACAGGGGACCCUGAAAAUGCUCUACGAGAUGCAGAAGCCUCCCUCAAGGAGGACAAGGAAUUUUUCAAGGGGUUGUACCAGAAGGCAGAGGCAUUGUACAUCAUGGGAGAUUUUGAGUAUGCACUGGUGUCUUACCAUCGGGGACACCGACUGCGUCCAGAGCUGCAGGAGUUCAGACUGGGUAUCCAGAAAGCACAGGAGGCUAUAGAAAACUCUGUGGGCAGCCCUUCCUCUGUUAAACUGGAGAAUAAGGGAGACUUGUCAUUCUUCUACAAGGGUAAGGAGUUUGUGGAUGACUGACAGGAAAAGAAGAGGCUAACAGCUAGUGCGGUUCAACCCCUGAGAAGGAAGCAGAAACUAGAGAACAAGAAGACAACUAAUACUGAGAAGACAACCAAACAACUGCUCGGGGAGCUUUACACUGACAAGGAGUAUCUAGAAGAAUUACUGGAAGAUGAAGACCUGGUCAAAAGUAAGACGCGGUCUGGGGAGAAGCUGCAGGAUCUCAUUCUGAACUGCAUCACAUACCUUGACACUCGCACCGAGUUUUGGCACCAGCAGAGGCCCAUCUAUGCACGAGAAAGGGACCGGAAACUCAUGCAACAAAAAUGGAACAAGUCCCGUCAGAAUCCAUCCUCGGAUCCCGCUAUAUUUGUGCUGAAGAGCCUAGAGGACAUCGAUGCAGCUUUGAUUUCUGGAAAUGCAGAAGGUAGUCUCAAGCGUGCCCAAAAUGUUAUGAAGACAGUGCAGGGAUGGUCAGAGAAAAGGGUACCUAAUAAGAAUGAGGUAAUCGCCAGCCUGCACAACUGCAUCGGGAAUGCCUUUUUUGACCUCGGGGAUAUGGACAGGGCCCUCGAACAACAUCAAAAAGACCUGAAGUUGGCUGUACAGUGUGAGCUGUCCGAUGCAAAGUCCCGGGCUCUGGACAGCAUUGGCCGAGUGUAUGCCCGAAUUGGGAAGUUUGCUCAGGCUAUUGAGGUCUGGGAAGAGAAGAUUCCCUUGGUCCGCAGUGGUUUGGAGAAGACCUGGUUGUUCCAUGAAAUUGGCCGAUGUUACCUGGAGCUGAAACGUCACACAGAAGCCUUAGACUACGGCUACCGCUCCCUUGCUGCAGCCGAUGAAAUCGCUGAUGAGAAAUGGCAGCUGAAUGCCUGUGUUUUGGUGGCACAGUCAGAAUUGGAACUUGGGAACUUCAAAUCCAGUGUGUCCCACUUUGAGAGAGCCUUGGACCGAGCCACGCUGCUUCAAGACAGCUCCUCCAUGGAAGCCAUUCAGAAGGCUCUCCAUGACGCAAGGCAACUUUCAGCGCAGUAAGGAUCACUCAAAUCAAGACCGGUGGUACUUCAGGGUUCUCCUCGAGAACAAGUGCCAUGGGUGAUCAUCGAAUGAAAGCUGAGAGGUCAAAAGAGGCUAAUUAAACUGCACAUAUCAUCGACUACUAGCUUCUUUGAGUGUUUGAACCUGCAGAGAUGUGUUAACUGCACAAAAUGACAUCACUGUUAUCCAGUGAGAGGCUAAGAAGCAAAAAUUAUAUAAGAGUUUUAAAUUCAGAAAUGAUGGAAAAGCAGUCUUAUAUACAACAUCAUUAUUCCUCUGUAAAACCAUGU